AUGGGAACUCCAAAGUUAAGCAAGUUGGAGAUAGAGCAAUCCCAGGAUGGAGUCACUCUGCCGUGUGGUGCGAGUGUGCCGACGAGGACCUCCCAAUGGCAAGAGGCUGCAGCGAAAGUUAUGAUGAAACAGAGAAAGGGAAGAAUAAUCAAUAUAGCAUCUGUUGUUGGUCUUGUUGGCAAUGUUGGACAAGCCAACUACAGUGCUGCAAAGGCCGGAGUAAUUGGCUUUACGAAGAGUGUUGCAAAGGAAUAUUCAAGCAGGAGCAUUAAUGCGAAUGCUGUAGCACCUGGUAUUGACCAUUGA